AUGGACCAACAUCCCAACGACACGAUCCAUGACUGGCCUACAGUGUCCCCAGCGCCCACGGGCAGCGCAGCCUAUGGGGAUGGACCCAAUGGGACCAGGUGCUUUGCAGAACACGUCCCUGAAAUCGUCACGGGUGGUGUCACUCUGCUCAUCUGCCUGUGUGGGCUGGUGGGGAACGGGGCCAUCCUCUGGCUCCUGGGCUGCCGCAUCCCCAGGAACCCCUUCAGCUCCUACCUCCUGAACCUGGCCGUGGCCGACUCCUGCUUCCUCCUCUGCACCUCGGCCUUCCUUGUCAUUUACCACGUGCCCAUGCUCAGCUGCUUUCAGCCAGAGGUUCUGUGGGUGCUGCCACUGUUUCACUCCAUGGUUCUGCUCACCUACAGCACCAGCCUCUAUCUCCUCAUGGCCAUCAGCGUGGAGAGGUGCCUGGGUGUCCUCUGGCCCUUCUGGUGCCGAUGCCACCGCCCCAAGCUCCUGUCAGCUGUCAUCUGCAGCCUGCUGUGGGCCCUGGCCUGUGUGCUGGCUGGGCUGGUGUACUUCAUCUGUGACCUGGGUCACUCUGGGCACUGCAAGAUGGUUCUUGGAACCUUGUGCUUUCUCAACUUCUGCUUUGUCACGCCCGUCAUGGUUCUUUCCAAUGUCAUCAUCUUCCUCAAGCUUAGGCGUAGCUCUUGGCAGCACCACCCAGCGAGGCUGUACAUUGUCAUCUUCCUCAGUGUUCUCUUCUUCCUCCUCUUUGGCAUCCCACUCACUGUCCAGAUCUUCCUCAACUUCUUUGUCUACAUUAACUUGGUCUUUGAGAUCUGCCUGUUGCUGGCUUCUCUCAACUGCAGCAUCGAUCCCGUGAUUUACGUCCUGGUUGGGAGCUUUGGGAAGUCCAGGUUCAGGAGAUCUGUCAAAGUGGCUCUUCAGAGGGUCUUUGAAGAUAGGGCAGAUUCCCAAGAAGUGGGGGAGAUCCCUGUGAUGGGAAUUGCUGCCUAA